AUGUUUAAGUGGCCGCCGCUGACCACGGGCCUCGCCAGGGGUGCGGUCUGGCUGAAUUUGGCGUUGCACGCCUCCGACCAGCUGCGCCAGCGGGUGGCCUGGGCCCUCUCCCAGGUCUUCGUCAUCGGUUCCUCCCUGGGCGGCCACGACUACUUCACCGAGAUGUGGGUCAAUUACUACGACAUAUUCGUGCGCCACGCCUUCGGGAAUUACCGGGACGUGCUGAGGGAAGUGACGUUCGCGCCGCUGAUGGGCGAGUACCUCACGUACGCAGGCAGCUUCUCUUUCGACGACAGCCUCUCCUACGCCGACGAGAAUUACGCCCGCGAGGUCAUGCAGUUGUUCACCAUCGGCGUCGCGAAGGUCGUCACAGACGGCAGAGUGGUCGUCAACGAUAAGGGGGAGGACGUGCCGACCUACACCAAUGAGAACAUCAUGAAUUUCGCCCGCGUCUUCACCGGGUUCGUCCGCUGGAACGACAUGCGCAUGAACAUCGAGCUGGCUACCGAGGGCUCGACUGCCAACUACAUUGACCCCAUGAAGAUCCGGGGCAGGCCCCACGACAUCUAUCCUAAGCCAGACCUGUACGGCGGCUACCUCGGCGACGGGUACCCCGUGUGCAGCAGCAUGCCUGAACGCCCUUUCCUGCUCGCUGGAGCCAGGUUCGAAUUCCGAGGCCAGUCGGCGCCGAAUUGCACGGAACUCGACGUCUACUACGACCCGCGCGAUAUGGCCGGCCAGUUCCCAAGCACGACGCAGGACUCGGAUGCCUGCCAGCAGCGCUGCAAGUCCGUGAGCGGCUGUGCGCACUUCACGUUCAGGGUCUUCGAUAAGAGGUGCACCCUCGCAGACAGCGGCGCGCGUGCGCUUCCCAGCUACGAGCAGUACUCUGGUCCGCCAGAUUGCGCCCCCCUCGUGUUCGAGCCGAGUGCUGGUUCGAGCCUGCUGAGCGCGCUGUGCGGCGGUGACGAGGGCGAUUGCAAGUUCGCCCCCUCGCGAACUUUGCCGUCGGCCUCGCCAUGCCACGGCUCUGAGUGCUCGUUGGAGUCGCUCACCUACGUUAAGGUACCCGGCGGCUACUACGAGUUCGUGCCGCCACCAUGCGUGCACAUGUUCUUCUACAACGGAAGGCGAACGGAGGACGGCCAGUGGUGGGGCGAAUCGGUAUAUUAUUUCGGGCGUGAGUGCGUGCAGCCAUAUGGUAAGCUUGCCGCCGCGUCCUGCUGCAGGGGCUGUACGAACGAUGAGAACUAUUGGAUGCAGCUGAAGGGCUUCACCUGCUUGAACCACAACACGACAUGGCUCACCUGGCCAGACGGCCUCCCAGCGAUGACCAUAGAAAAGUGCAGGCACGGGGAUGAGUACAAUUGGCUGGGUCCCAAGGCUUGCCGGCUUUCAUGCUGGGAGGGGGGCGCGGGCUACGAGGGCGACGAUUGCAGCGAGGGCGCCUACGCUGAGAGCCGCGUCUGUGGCGUCCACGUCAGCGCCCACGACGCCGAGAGCCACUGCGCCAGCCUCGGUAUGCACGUGUGCGCGGAGGAGACCAAGCAGGAGUGCGACCUGCCAGCGGAGCGCGUGUGGACGCCCUCCACGUGUUCGCUCGUGGCGACGGUCCACGAGGACGGCAUGAUCAGCGCCCACACGCUCAACCACGCCCAGAACAGCUUCAUGCCCAGCUGGGCGGAUGGCGGCCCCCCGCCGGCGGGCGACUACAACGUCACGGUGGAGGCCGAGCCGGUGUUCACCACCGUCCCGACCAAGGCGGAGGCGGUGGCCGACCUGAAGAUUCUCGUGUUCGAGGUGCCCGGCGGCGCCCAGUGCGCGACGCCGUGCAGCGGCGACGUGAGAGUUUGGGGCACUGGGCCUCUGGACGCCGACACCGUCUUCGAGGUCGACGGCAAGCUCUACAAGAACGAGCGGAGCAUGGUCCGCGUGGGGAGCGCCUCCUUCCGCAACCCGCCAGCCUUCAUCGCCCCAGGGGCGCUCCGCCAGACGGGCCGGGCGCUGGAGCGGGCCGCGCACGCGGAGGUGGAGAGCCUCCUGGACCACCUGUUUUAUCACUCCAACACGCCUGUGGUGGUCAGCCGCAAGCUGAUCCAGCGCUUCGUCACCUCGAACCCGUCUGGCGAUUACCUCGAGGCCGUGGCGACGGCCUUCUCAACGGGCGCCUACGCGGGCCACGUGUACUCUGGCAGGUACGGAGACCUUGCGGCCACGGUCGCGGCCGUCCUGCUCCACCCGGAGGCCAGGUCCGCCGACCAGAACACAGUGGGGCUGCUGAGGGAGCCGAUGCUGAAGCUCGUGCACUUCAUGCGGUCCAUGGAGUACGCGGACAAGGAGGACCAGAUGGUCGUCACGCGGAACCUGGACAUGGCGAUCGGGCAGUUCCCCUACAGGUCCCCGACCGUCUUCAACUUCUACGAUGCCCUGUACGCGCCGCCCUCCUUCUCGGGGGUGCAGCAGUCUAUGAUGCGGCGGGACGCGAAGCAGCGGCUUCAGGACCAGCUGAGUUCCGCCGAGGGCACCUGGAUCUCUGACAUCACGCGCCAGAUGGUCGCUCAGAAUAGGCCUCAGGCCUACAUCAACGGCGCCAACAUGGGGUGGUACUGCGAGGUCUGCUGGGUAAACCACCUGGAGGACACGAGGAGGUUGGCGGACCUCCUCAUGGUGCCGACGGGCAUGGAGGUCCCUGAGCGUGCCAAUACCACCAUUUCCAUCCUACGGAUCCGGGACGAGCGCUUCGGUCUAAAAGCCGCACAGACGCGGACCUACUUUGCGAGGUGCGACACCUGCCCCCAGUGCCGAGACUACCGCGUGCCUAAUGGAGAGCGCGUUGUCUCCGCGCCGCGCCGUGUCAAGAAGAAGGCAAAGGGCAAGCUCCAGAAGUCCGCUCGUGGCGAGGCUCACGCUGAUGGUGAUGAGGGGCAUGGUGACGCCACGGAAGAAAGCGACGAGGAGCACGACCGCGACGCCUACGUUCAGCGACUGGCAGGCGACCUCGUCUCCAAGAAGAUGGCCGAGCGCAGGGAUGAGCUCAUCAAGGACCUCGCGGCUGUGGUCUCCACGACCGUCUCCGAGCAGGUGCAGAGCUUCGCUUCUCAGCUUAAUGAGCAUGCUGCUUCUGCUAGCAAGCUCGCUGAAGGAGCCCGGAUGCUGCCCCAGCUGGCCCGCGACGCCUCCGAGCAGUUCUGCUCCGACAAGCUCGACCAGUUGCAGCGCAAGUUCCAGGCUCAGCUCGAUGGACACACGAUUCGACUACGCGCUUCUGAACGACGCCUGGAUGAACACGAUGCCGUUCUGCAAACCCUCAAAGAACAGAUUGAAGAGCUCCGUGGUGCAUUGGCGCUUGCCGACAAGGCGCCGAAGCCUCCGCCUGCCAGCGCCGCGGGAUUUGAGCGCUCCGUCGACGCCGCCAUCAUUCGCGUCAUGGCCUCCAAGUUGGUCGAGCUGGACAAGGUCAAGCAGGCUCUCGCGGAUUGGAUUGCCACGGUGGGAGUGGAGGCCAAGCGCUUCGAGAUCACCUCCGAGGAGAGCGUCGCCCGCCAGUUCACGAUCCAGUUCACAGGCGCUGUUGGCCCAGCCGCUCGUAGGGUCGCCAAGGUCUUGGGCGCCCAACGCAUCUCAGCUGGCAAUUGGAAGCGUUUCGAGGUGGUGGCCACUGAUAACUUGCCAGCCACGCUCCACAUCGGCGCUGACAAGAACCCGCGGCAGAUCAAGCUCGAGAUCCAGGGGCGCAAGAUCCGUGCGGCGUUCGCUGACAUCGUCAGCGACAGGAAGUGGUUCUGCGACCGCGACAGGGGCUACAUCAUGGCAGGCUGGGACCCUGUCCUGCGCAUCUCGCCCAGCCCUGGCAACAUCUCCUCCGAGGUCGCCUGGGCUGACAACUUGGUGCAGAAGCUCGGGCUCCCCAAGCGCUUGGUUGACCACUGGGCUCCGAUAUUCAGGGCGAAGAGUAUUGACCAGCAAUUGGCGCAGUCUUACAUCGAGCAGCACGUCCCACCGCUGGACUUCGCGCGGGUGGCGCCACCGUCCCCUGCUUUGCUUCGUCGUGUUGCUCGCAAGAUGCAUUAUUCGGAGCCUGGCAUUGACUCUAUUCCGUAUUCAGCUUGGGCAGCAUGUGAUAUUGGCCUUGAUGUUCUGGCUGAAGCGAUGAUGUGGAUCAUGAGUGGGCAGUUCCUGUUCAAGAGCUCCAAUGACACGCUCCAAGUAUGGCUACCUAAGGGCGAGGAGGUGGACGACUCCUGGGCCCCUGGGUGCACUCGUGCCCCGAGCUCGGUUCGUGUCCUGGGCCUCCGCAACACAGACAUCAAGCUGAUCACGGCGACUAUCAACCUUCAGUUCAGCAAGCUGCUCAUGGACUGGGCGCCGCGGUCUCAACGGGGCUUCGUUCCCAAGCGCAACUUCGGCACCAACAUCUUGGAGCUUGACGUGGCCUCCCGAGUUUACUCCAACGCCCCUGGCGCCACUACAGAUAUGCUUGCCCUCGUCGCGCUGGACUUUGGUGCGGCCUUCCCCAGUCUCGCUCAAGCUUUUAUGACUACGGUCUUCCAGCGGAUGCGCGCGCCCUUAGCCUUCAUGGCGGUCCUGGAACAACUUUACCACAUAUUGGAUGCGCUGGUCAUGCUCAACGGGACUCCUACCCUUGCAUGGCGUAUUUCGUCUGGCAUUAUCCAGGGCUGCUCUUUGAGUGGAUCUAUCUGUGCAGCGGUGACGACCUGCUUCCUGUUUGACCUGCAGAAGCGGCUGGAGGCACCACGGCUGGGGUUGGCUCGAGCGUGCGCGGAUGAUAUAGGCUGCGUGGUCAAAAGGCUGUCCGCCCUCAGCAUCGUUGUUGAUGUCAUGCGCACCGCAGAGGCUAUCGCCACUCUGUCGCUCAAGCUCACGAAGUGUAUGCUGGUUCCUCUACAUGCUGCCUUCUCGUCGGCUCUUGUGGCAGAAGUCCGUGCGGCGAUUACCUCCUGGGUCUCAUCCUUCGCGAACGUUCAGAUUGUCAGUGCUCUGGUCUAUCUCGGCCUUGCCAUGGGCCCUGCUGCUGACGACGAUUCAUCCUGGUUGGCACCCUCUAUCAAGGUCAAGCUCCGCUCGAAACUGGUUGGUGGCAGCCCGAUGGCGGUCCCUCGGCUUGCUACUCACUAUGCGACCCGUAUCGCGCCCGUGCUCUCCUACGUUGCGCAGUUCAGGUCUGUCUUCAUGGAUGGUACUUGGGAGCUGGCCCCCGAGAAAGGUUUCGAAGUCGGCGUUGUGAGGCAUGGGCCGUUCGUGCUGAUCUUCGUUUGCUUCAGGUUCGUCGCUGUGGACUUCGCCUCCUUCGGCAAAUGGCCUGGCGUCCUGAUCUGUCUCGCGUGCCCUCUACUGCCCGUGCAGACUACUUGGCGAAGCAGAGCUCUUGUACCUCAGGUGGCGUACCUGCUCUUCUCCCACAUUUUCACUUACCGCCACAUCGUGGCGCCUUACGUGGUCAAGAUCCUGAUGCUCCGCAGUCGGCGGUGUCUACUGCGGCAGCUGCGCCGCAGAAUGCCCCUCAGCAUGCUGAACAACCACAGAACCCCUUUGUCGUCGACGGAGCUCGCGGCCGUGGUCGCCCACCUGGAUUUGAACUACAACCUCCCACCCCCUCAACGCGAACUGGUCAUCUGGCUGCUGACUCACCCUGCCGCGAUUCUGGAGGAUGAGGACGACCACGACCAGUCGUCGCCCGCCUUCGGCCAGAACGUCAUCUUCCUGGAGCACCUCGACAGCAACGCGACGCCAGUGCCCUCCCAAUGGCGUCACCUCAUCCUGGAGCAGAACGGCUUCCUGGGCUCCAUGAUCACCUUGAUCCUCGAGAGAAAUCAGAGGAUGAAGCGCCUUUACUUCAUGGUGCUCGGGCUGAUGCGCACUCAGGCUCUUCUUCUGCUGGUGGCCUCGCCGCUCGUCCUGACGGAGCUCAUCCUCUUCAAAGUCGGCCAGGUGCUCUUCAUGGCCACGAUGCCCUUGCCCAAGAACAUCCUUCUGAAGCCGCUGGACACCAAGGGCCUCAUCGAUAACGACCUCGGCGACGCCACGUACGGCGCUCCCGUCGAGAUGAACCCCGACGCCACCCUGUCCGCCGACGCCGUGCCUGUGAGGCCCGAGACGCGGCCGCGCGGCCCUGGGCCAUUCGUGGGCCCCGAGUUCCAGAUCUUCACCCCGCCAUGGGCCAUCGUGUUCCUGAACGGCGUGGCGGGGAUCAUGGACCGCGGCUACAGCCCCUGCGGCGACGGCUUCGGGGUGGGGUUCGCUGUGAACCAGUACACUGGAAGCUUCGGCGCCAACUAUGGCAGCGCCGACGCGCUGGAGUGCCACGAGGGGGACCUGCUCUACGCCGCCAGCGGUGCCUCGGCAGCGGACGCCGUGCAAGAGCUCGAUCUGCUGCUCACUGGCGGCCGCCUCACGCCCCACAACAAGCAGGUGGUGGAGGCCGCGUACGCAGGCUCCGGGGUCAAGGGGGCGCAGCAGGCGAUCGUGCUGACGCCCGAGUUCCAGACCCUCGGAGCCCCGCAGCCGAACGGCACACGAGAGGCACAGCCCGAGGAGGUGGCCCACACGCCGGAGUCGUACCGGGCGCUGGUGAUGCUGUUCAUGCACGGCGGCGCAGACACAUACAAUUUGAUCGUGCCGAUCGGGUGCUCCCUGUACAACGAGUACGCGGGCACACGCGGGAACAUGGGGAUCAGCCAGGCGAGCCUCCUGCCCAUCACGACGGCCGGACAGGCGUGCGCCACGUUCGGCGUGCACCCCUCCAUGCCCUUCCUGCAGCAGCUCUACGAGUCGCGCAAGCAGGCCGCGUUCGUCAGCAACAUCGGUGCCCUGGUGGAGCCGACCACCAAAGAGGCGUGGCAGAGCGGCAAGGCGGACCGGUGCCUGGGCAUCUUCUCCCACAACCACCAGCAGAACGCCGCGCAGACGCUCAAGUGCCAGGAGGCGGGCGCGGUGCCGAGAGGCGUCGGCGGCCGCGUGGCAGAUGUGCUGGCGUCCGCGCAUCACAAGACGGUCGCCUCCUUCUCCGUCUCGGGAAUAUCCACGUGGUCCGUGGGCUUCAACACCAGCACCGAGAUCAUCCAUCCCGAGAAAGGCUCCAUACGCUUCGACAAGUUCCAGGAGUGGAGCGGCGCCAUCGACUCUAUCACCCAGCAGAAGUACUGCAAUGUCUACUGCGAGGAGUACGCGACGUCGUUCGCCGACCACAUCAGGAGCAGCGAGGAGUUGGGGACCCUUUUUGACCAGGUGGAGCUGGAUACGGAAGACACUUACCAGAAGGAGACGGGGUAUGAUAAUCUAUGCUGCGAGGCCUCCCGCCACGACUCGACCACGAUCUCGAUCUGGAUGCCGAGCGGCUCGACUGUGGCCCUGGCCAGCCCCGAGGUCGCGCGUCUCAUCAAAGGCCGGGGUCUACGGAACGCGGAGCGGGACUUCUUUUUCGUGCAGCUGAUGGGCUUCGACACGCACGGCAACCAGCUGGAUAAUCAGGUCGGCCUUGAUCCACUCUUCGCCGCAGUCGACGACGCGCUGAAGGACUUUGUGGGAGAGAUGGACGCGCAGGGCAUCUUCGACAGCGUGGUCCUGGUCUCCCAGUCGGACUUUGGGCGCACCCUGACGUCGAAUGGAGCUGGCACGGAUCACGGGUGGGGAGGGAAUCACUUUGUUCUCGGCGGCGCCGUUCGCGGCGGACAGAUCCUGAACGAGUUCCUAGACUCGUACCUGGAGACUUCCGACCACGAGUACCACGUGGGGCGCGGGCGCACCAUCCCCCGGUACCCGUGGGAGAGCAUGAUGGUGCCCAUCGCAGAGUGGAUGGGGCUCGAGCACUCGCACGAUAAGGCGUUCCCGAACUUAUCCCCCUCGCUCCGCGACGCACCUGGACCGCCGGGCGCCGCGAGCGCGUCGCCGCCAGAGCCGAGCCCCAUCGUGAGCCUCGGCUGGUGGCUAGCGCCGCGGGCGCUCGGCGCCCUGGGCCUGCUCGCCGCGAUGCUGGCGUGGCGCGCCGAGACGGGCCGCGGGAGCCUGACGGUGCGCGGCUGGUGGCGCGCGGCCAGCGGGCAUCAGGCCGAGGUGGAGGCCCUUCGCGCUCAGCUGGCGAGCCUCUCGCUGGACGGAGGCCAGGCGAGUGGCCCGGAGGCGAGGGCUGGCGCGGGCGCGCCCGAGCUGCCAGCGUGGCCAGCGCCGAGCGCACCCCCGCCAGGUCUGGGGCAGCCAGGAGUGCCGCCAGCUCCCCCCCACAGCGUGGACCCCGCCAUGGACGCGUUCCACGCCUUCGCCGCGGGGGGGGGCUGCACUGGGCCGCUGUCGUGGGCCGUGGUCGUGGCGACAAGAGCUCGGGAGGCUGACGCCUACCGGGGCCCCUUCAUCAUGAGUCGCGGGGUGAAGGGGUGCGAGAUGCCCGUGCAGGGCAGCGACAAGUUCAGUUCGAGGAAAGUCGCCAAUCGAGUGCUCAGUGCUCUCAACUCGACCUACCUGGGCAAUAUGAAGCAGCAGACCACACCAUGGCAGCAGAAGUUUAGCAAUGAGAUGAUGACGAACUCUGCUGUCGGGCGGGUCCAGGCGCGGGCCAUCCAGCACGCAAAGGCCUACCCGCCUGGCUUGUGCCGCAUGAUCGCCCUCAGUGUGGUCAGGGCGGCGCUUCGGAUGCUGACCGCAGGCCGGGGACCAGUAGGGUGGCUCAGGACGGGGCGGGAGAAGCCGCGUCACACCCAGUGGAGCUUCGAGAGUGAGAAGGAGGGCCUCUUCGUGCUGAACGAGCUGUACCGCCGGGGCGGCAGCGUGAGUACUUUCCUGCGUUCGUCUGGGGAGCGCACCUUCUUCCAGGAUAUGGCGCCCAAGGGCUACGUCAAGGACAAGAACACUGGGGGGUGGAUCAAGGGCUCGGACUUGACGGAGGAGAACGUGCCACCACUGCCGAGCCCGCCUGGGGCACCGUCCAGUUGGGCGCAGUGCGUCAGUGCUCCGCCGUCGAGGGCCACGUCGCGGACGGCAUCGCCGGGGGCAGUUUCGCUCGUCCUCACGCCGCCCAAGGCCAAGAGCCCGGGUACGCUGCCGCCCGCCACUGUGCUCGCAAUCCCACCUCCGGAGGCAGCGGGCCAGCCGAUGACAGGCAAGCUGCAGUUCUACGCGCAGGCACCAUGCAAGCCGCAGCAGACCAGGGCGCAAAAGGGAAGCUACCUCAAGUCGGUUGUUGGCUACAGUAGGGUGCUCCAGAUUCUCUGCGGCCCGGGUUUCGUGCCUGCCAUCAUCCUCAUGGUGCUCGUCGUCAGUUUCCCGUCGAGCCUCUUUCCUAACAUGUCCAGGGGUGCCGAGGCUGCGGCGUCCCUGGUGGAGGAUGUGGCAGGCGCAGGUGGGGCUGUGGCCCUCGCGGCCAGGAGCCUGACUUUGGCCGUGAGUGGGGUUGCGCUAUCAGUUGCAAGAAAUUCUGCUACGUUUGUGGAUGAAGCGUGGUCUGGGAUAGAUCUGCUGGGCUGCCGCUUGAACGUCACAGGCGGCCGCUUCGUCGUUGACAUUGGUGCACGCUCUCGCCCCAGUAUGAUGAAGGAGCUCGAGCGGGGGCUGUCCGUGGUGCCAGAUGACCUGGCAGUGGAGUUGUGGGGUUCCAUUAACGCUGUAUCUGUCAGGGCGCCAGUGGCGGCGCGGCUCUCCUCCCAGUUCAAUUUCACGGAGAGCUUCUUCAUAUGGGAUUGGGAGGUACUGUUAGUGGACGAAGAGGUGCUGGCAGUACGAUAUUAUUUCGCUAGAUUGGGAUUUGAACUUCAGUGGGCUAAUCCGUUGUGGGCACUCACAGGGGCCGAUCCCGGAAGAGAGCUGGAGCGCAUCACGACGAGAGUCAAGGAUGCGAUAGAGUCGGCAGUCGACGCCUCCGUGCUGCGGACACCGCUGACCGCGCAGGAGCAUCCGGCGCACCCAGCACACCCAGGGCAGCUGGCGCACCUGCCGCAGCCCGUGCACACCCGGCGCACCCGGCACACCCGGGACACCCGGAUCACCCAGGGCACCCGGGACACCCGGCACACCCGGGGCACCCUGCGCACCCGGCACACCCGGGAGACCCGGCACACUUGGAACACCCGGCGCACCCGGCACACCUGGGACACCCGGCACUGCCCAUGGGACACCCGGCGCACCCAGCACACCCGGGAGACCCGGGACACCCGCGGCGGCGACGCCGGGGGCAUGCCGGCCGACGCGGCAUCGGAGUUCAAUCAGUUGAUGCAAACAGGCUCCCUCGGCGCCGACGCACUGGCCACGUCGUGCCGCUUGCUGUUCGCGUCAGGUCGCCCUGUGGAGCCUCACUCGCCGCCCCCCGUGCAGCUCGUGGUCCCGCAGGGGUCCAACGUUGGCAGUGGCCGAAGCUAUUGGAAUGCAUGGUGUCUCCGCUGGGCCUGCCGGGCCGAGCGAGGCGACCAGCCGCGCGCUUGCUCGGGGCGCGUUCCGCCCGGCGCCCGCGCGCGGGACACAGGCCACGUCGCGUUUGAGCCAGGCCCCCGUGGAUACUCCUUGCGUCUCGUGGACGGCGCGAUCACGAGGCUCCGCUUCAGGAACCGCGGCGGCGUGUUCGAGCCGGAGCUGCGCGCGACGAACCGCCACAUCCCCGCAACGCAGGGCUUUGACGCGAAGAGCGCGGCCAACCGCGUGCUCGAACACUUCGAGGUGAGGCGCGCGGUGGUGCCUUUGUCAGAGGAGGCCCGGUUGACCUUCAAGGGCUCCUGGAUGGUGUUCGGCGCGCAGUGCGCGCUCAUGCGGGAUCAGGGCAAUGGGGCUCGCGCGGCCUUGUUGGGAUCCAGCCCUUGGAUGCUCGGCGUGAUCUCGGUGGCGCUGCUCAUUCUGGAGCUCGCGGUUGGCGAGGCGCCGAUGGGUGGAGAGGCCAAGGUGAUGGAGUAUCACGUCGCCCCGGCGUGGGGCAUCCUAGACGUCUCGGGGCCCGGGGGUUCCGACGUCGGCGGCGGCCCAGCGGGCGGCGGCGUCGACGGCGAGGGCGACCGCGAGUUCGAGGGGCUGGGCAAUCAGACCAGCCACGGCGGCGCCGCGGCCGCGGAGGAGGAGGGGCCGCCGCUGGCGAGCGCGGCCAACGAUGGCGCGGGAAACGCCGCAAGGGCGCCGCCAGCGGCGGCUGCGGCCGAGGGGGGCGGCGCGGACGCAGGCGCCAAUUUCCUGAUGCCGGGCGACCCGGAGGACGGCGCCUCGGCGCAGACGCAGGAGCACGGCGACGUCUUCCUCACCGACAGGGGUGCAUCCGGCGCACCCGGGACAUCCAGCGGCCUGGCACCUGGCGCCGAGAGCAUCCGGGACACCCGGCGCACCCGGCACCGAGCGCACCCGGCGCCGAGUGCACCCGGCUUACCCGGCACACCCGGCGGCCCAGCAACCGGCGCCGAGUGCCCCCGGGACACCCGGCGCACCCGGCGCCGAGCGCACCCGGCACCCGGCGCCGAGCGCACCCGGUGCACCUGGUACACCCAGCGGCCUGGCACCUGGCGCCGAGAGCAUCCGGGGCACCCAGCGCACCCGGCACCGAGCGCACCCGGCGCCGAGUGCACCGUGCACCCGGCACAUCUGGCGGCCCAGCACCUGGCGCCGAGGGCACCCGGGACACCUGGCGUACCCAGCGCCGAGCGCACCCGGCACACCUGGCACACCUGGCGGCCGGGCACCCAGCGCCGAGUGCACCCGGGGUGCCUGGCGCACCUGGAUGGCGAGAUGGCAGAAACAGCGUACGGGGAGCCGCGCAUAUCUUCAUUAGGUCACCCGCAGGCAUCCUUCCCAGAGUUGCAGAGCUCUUGGAGCUCGAAUUUCGAGUUCGUCUUCGCUGACGCGCCUUACGCGGGUGGGCUUUGGGCCAACGACGCUAGGUUUCUGCUGCAUGCUACAUUCGGGCCGACGAAGGAGAGCUUGGACGAGCUGCAGGGGAAAGCUUACUCCGAUUGGAUUCUAGACCAGAUGCAGUUGCCGGUCGGCUCGCAUCGGGAAUAUUACCGGAAGCGCGUCAGCCCACGGAAGAACAGCGAUUACGCGUAUAUCAAUUUCGAUGAGAGGCUCAUUUGCGCGAAGGGCUCCCGCUGGCACGGGUACGCGCUGACCCGAGACGACAUUGGUGCGAGUAUUUUCAUCAACGGCGGGAAAGUCACGAUCGGCAACGAGGUGAGAACGGACAUCGACCCAGGGUACGCUCUGAACGGCCUAAGCGCGCCGAUGACGGAUUGCACGGACGUGCCAACGCCGCUGUGGGUCUGGCAGAGCACUCCCUGCACCACCAACAAGGGCGCCCACCUCAACAAUUGGUGCAAGUACGAUCCCGAGUGGGUCAGUGGCAAGCACUGCCAGCAGAGCUGCUUCGACUCGGGCAACGGCUACGAUGGGGAUGACUGUUCGGGCGGAUGGCCCUCCAGGGAAGGGUACGGCGGCAUCGUCUGCCUCGUGGAGGAGUCGAUCGGCGGAAUGGUCGUGCUGGGUCAGACCCACGCCUGCAACCCCGGGGAGAAGAUCUUCCUGUUCAAUCCCGCCAUCUGGUUCGCGGACGCGUCGGUGGCGGUGCCGACCACGCUGCCGUUUGACGUGAGCAGCUGGAGGCCAGGGCUCAUAUUCUUGCGGGAGAACGCGCAGGGCUGCUCCCUCGGCAGCAAGGGGCUCAUACUGAAGGACGGGGCUUUCUACCGGCACCAGACUAGGUUCAGCCCUGUCGAGGACAACACCUGCCAGCUGCAGCCGGAGGCGGGCGCCGACGACUUCGGGAUCGACGGGCACCUGUGCGGCUCGCCGGGCGAGGUCUCGAACGCCGGGACCGGGGGGCACCAGUUCCCCAUCCGUGCCUCCGGGUGGUUCCCGCCGGCGAACGCCGCGCCGCCAGAUUACCUGUACGACAACAAGUACGGUACCCACCUGUUCAAGUGGCCGCCAUUGACCGUGUGGCUUGCCAGGGGCGCGGUUUGGCUGAACCAGGCGCUGCACGCUGCAGACCAGCUGCGCCAGCGGGUGGCUUGGGCACUCUCCCAGAUCUUCGUGAUCGGAUCCGCCCUCGGCGGCCACGACUACUUCACCGAGAUGUGGACCAACUACUACGACAUCUUCGUGCGCCACGCCUUCGGGAAUUACAGGGACGUGCUGAGGGAGGUAACGUUCUCGCCGCUGAUGGGCGAGUACCUCACGUACAUGACCAGCUUCUCUUUCGACGACAGCCUCUCGUAUGCCGACGAGAACUACGCCCGCGAGGUAAUGCAGCUCUUCACCAUCGGCGUCGCAAAGGUCACCAGCGACGGUCGAGUGGUCGUCAACGAGAAGGGAGAGGACGUGCCGACUUACACCAAUGAUAAUAUCAUGAACUUUGCUCGCGUCUUCACAGGGUUUGUCCGCUGGAACGACCGGCGCAAGAACAUCGAAUUGGCUACGGAGGACGGGAUCGCUAACUACAUUGACCCCAUGAGGAUCCGCGGCAGGGUGCACGACGUCUACCCUAAGCCAGACCUGUACGGCGGUUAUCUUGGCGACGGAUAUCCCCUGUGCAGCACCAUGCCAGACCGACCCUUCCUGCUCGCUGGAGCCCGAUUCGAGUUCCACGGCCAGUCGCCGAACUGCACAGUCCUGGACGUCAUGUACGACCCGCGCGACAUGGCAGGCCAGUACGCCAGCACGGAGCAGGACGCGGCGGCUUGCCAGCAGCGCUGCAAGUCCGUGAGCGGCUGCGCGCACUUCACGUUCAGGGUCCACGAUAAGAGGUGUUCCCUUGCGGACGCAGCCGCGCGCGAACUCCCGGCCUACGAAAUGUGGUCAGGCCCGCCAGACUGCGCCGCCCUCGUUUUUGAGCCCAGCGCUGGCUCGGGCCUGCUGAGUGCGCUGUGCGGCGGCGACGAGAGCGAUUGCAAGAUUGCACCCUCGCGCACGUUGCUAUCGGCCUUGCCGUGCCACGGGUCCGAGUGCACGCUUGAAUCACUCACUUAUAUCAAGGUUCCUGGCGGCUACUACGAGUACGUGCCGCCACCUUGUGUACACAUGUUCUUUUACAACGGGGUACAUACGGAAGACGGACAGUGGUGGGGCGAAUCGGUGUACUAUUUCGGGCGAGAGUGUGUGCAGCCGUACGGGAAGCUCGCCGUCGCGUCUUGUUGCAGGGGGUGUACGAACGACGAGAACUAUUGGAUGCAACUGAAAGGCUACACCUGCUUGAACCAUAACACGACUUGGCUUACCUGGCCAGAUGGCCUCCCUGCGAUGACCGAAGAGAAGUGCAGGCUCGGGGAUCAGUAUAACUGGCUGGAUCCCAAGGCCUGCCGGCUUUCAUGCUGGGAGGGAGGCGCAGGCUACGACGGAGACGACUGCAGCGAGGGCGCUUACGCUGAGAGCCGAGUCUGCGGCGUCCACGUUAGCGCCCAUGACGCCGAGAGCCACUGCGCCAGCCUCGGUAUGCACGUGUGUGCGGAGGAGACCCAGCAGGAGUGCGACUUGCCAGCGGAGCGCGUGUGGACGCCCUUCCCGUGCUCGGUCGUGGUGACAGUCCACGAUGACGGCAUGAUCAGCGCGCACACUCAAUACCACCAUCAGAACAGGUUCAUGCCCAGCUGGGCGGAUGGUGGGCCCCCGCCGGCGGGCGACUACAACGCCACAGUGGAGGCCGAGCCGGUGUUCACCACCGUCCCGACCAAGGCGGAGGCGGUGGCUGACCUGAAGAUUCUCGUGUUCGAGGUGCCCAACGGAGCCGAGUGCGCGCAGCCGUGCAGCGGCGAGGUGAGGGCUUGGGGUGCUGAUCCCCCGGACGCCGACACCGUCUUCGAGGUCGACGGCAAGCUCUACAAGAACGAGCGGAGCAUGGUCCGCGUGGGGAGCGCCUCCUUCCGCAAUCCGCCAGGCUUCAUCGCUCCAGGGGCGCUCCGCCAGACUGGCCGGGCGCUGGAGCGUGCUGCGCAUGCGGAGGUCGAGAGCCUCCUGGACCACCUGUUCUAUCACUCCAACACGCCUGUGGUGGUCAGCCGCAAGCUGAUCCAGCGCUUCGUGACCUCGAACCCGUCUGGUGAUUACCUCGAGGCUGUGGCGACGGCCUUCUCCACGGGCGCCUACGACGGCCACGUCUACUCUGGCAAGUACGGGGACCUUGCGGCUACCAUCACGGCUGUCCUUCUCCACCCAGAGGCCCGCUCCGCCGAACUCAACACCGUGGGACUGCUGAGGGAACCGAUGCUCAAACUGGUGCACUUCAUGCGGUCCAUGGAGUACACGGACUACAAGGACCAGAUGGUCGUCACGAGGAAUUUGGACCUAGCGAUCGGGCAGUUCCCGUACAGGUCCCCGACCGUUUUCAAUUUCUUCGACGCCCUGUAUUCGCCGCCCAGCUUUUCGGGAGUACAGCAGGAGAUGAUGCGGCAGAAAGCAACGACGAUCUCGGAGGCGGAACCCGAGCCCCAGCCCGAGCCGUUCGUCGGCCCCGAGUUCCAGAUCUUCACCCCGCCUUGGGCCAUCGGGUGGCUCAACGGCGUUGCGGGCAUCAUGGACCGUGGCGUCAGCCUCUGCCGCGACGGCUUCGGGGUGGUGUUCGCCGUGAAUCAGUACACAGGAAGCUACGGCGCCAACUACGGCAGUGACGACACGAUGGAGUGCCACGAGGGUGACCUGCUCUAUGCCACCAACAGCUCCUCGGCCGAGGAGGCCGUGCAGGAUCUGGACCUGCUGCUCACCGGCGGCCGCCUGACGCCCCACAACAGGGAGGUGGUGGAGGCCGCGUACGCUGGCUCCGGGCUCAAGGGUGCGCAGCAGGCGAUCGUGCUGACGCCCGAGUUUCAGACCCUCGGGGCGCCUCUGCCGAGCGGCACCCGGGCGAACCAGACCGAGGAGGCGCCCCACACGCCAGGCUCUUACAAGGCGCUGGUGAUGCUGUUUCUCCACGGCGGCGCAGACACUUACAAUCUGAUCGUGCCGAUCGGGUGCGCCCUGUACGGCGAGUACGCGAGCGCGCGCGGGAACAUGGGGGUCGCCCAGGAGAGUCUCCGGCCCAUCACGACGACCGGACAGGUGUGCGGUACAUUCGGUGUGCACCCGUCCAUGCCUUUCCUGCAGCAGCUGUACGAUUCGCGCAAGCAGGCUGCGUUCGUCAGCAACAUCGGGGCCCUGGUGGAGCCGACCACCAAGGAGACGUGGAAGAACGGCGAAGCCGAUCGGUGCCUGGGCAUCUUCUCCCACAACCACCAGCAGAACGCCGCGCAGACGCUCAAGUGCCAGGAGGCGGGCGCGGUGCCGAGAGGCGUCGGUGGCCGAUUGGCAGACGUGCUUGAAUCCGUGCAGAAGAUGGCGGUCUCAUCUUUCUCCGUCUCGGGAAUCUCUACCUGGUCUGUGGGUUUCAACACCAGCACUGAGAUCAUCCACCCGGAGAAGGGCGCUAUCCGCUUCGACAAAUUCCAGGAGUGGAGCGGCGCCAUCGAUUCUAUCACCCAGCAGAAGUACGGCAAUGUCUAUUGCGAGGAGUACGCGACGUCCUUCGCCGAACACAUUAGGAGCAGCGAGGAGUUGGGGGUUCUUUUCGACCAGGUGGAGCUCGACACAGUGGAAACCUACGCGACGGAGAGCUUCCUGGCGCAGCAGUUCCGCCAGGUUGCCCGCCUCAUAAAAGGCCGGGGCUUACGGAAGGUGGAGCGGGACUUCUUCUUCGUGCAGCUCAUGGGUUUCGACACGCAUGGCAACCAGAAUGACGGGCAGCUGGGCCUUGCCCCGCUCUUCGCCACAGUGGACAGCGCACUUCAGGACUUUGUGGGGGAGCUGGACGCGCAGGGCAUCUUCAACAGCGUUGUGGUGGUCUCCCAGUCUGAUUUCGGGCGUACCCUGACGUCGAAUGGGGCCGGCACCGAUCACGGGUGGGGAGGAAACCACUUUGUUCUCGGCGGCGCCGUUCGCGGCGGACAGAUCCUGAACGAGUUCUUGGAUUCUUACCUCGAGACUGACGAGCACCUCUACCACGUGGGACGUGGGCGCACCAUCCCCAAGUACCCGUGGGAGAGCAUGAUGGUACCCAUCGCGGAGUGGAUGGGGCUCGAGCGUUCGCACGACAAGGCGCACCUGGACACGCUUGCGGCGGAAGCUGGCAGGCCGCAGCUGCAGCCGCGGCUGGGAGGGGAAAGCUAUCGCGACUUUUUCGAGGUGAGUUUCUUUUUCAGCCGCCGCGGCGGCUGCGGCUGCGGGGUCUGCGGACACAGGUUCAACCUCUCCCAUCACAUCAUCCCCACCGAGACGCUCUUCGACACCGGUGCCACGCCCUCUGGCGCCCACUCCGCCGCCUUCCGUGGCAACUUCGACCCCGACAGUAGCUCCUUCGGUGGCUCCGACGCCAGCCCCAACGGCGGUUCUGACAGAGACAACCGUCUUCAGGGAAAGACCUAUGCCGAUUGGAUUCUAGAGCAGAUGCAGCUGCCGGCCGGCUUCCACCGGGAGUAUUACAGGAAGCGCGUUAGCCCACGCAAGAACAGCGAUACUGCGUACAUCAACUUCCACGAGAGGCAUAUCUGCACGAAGGGCUCCCGCUGGCAUGGGUACGCGGUGACCCGAGACGACGUGGGGUCGCCCAUCCUCAUCAACGGCGGGACAGUCACGAUCGGCAACGCAGCGCGAACGGACAUCGACCCAGGGUACGCCAACAACGGCCUCAGCGCGCCGAUGACGUGCACGGACGUGCCCACACCAGAGAUGGCCUCCCAGGGCCUCGCAUGCAGCACCCACGGGCCGUGCAAGUACGACGCCGAGUGGGUCGCCAGCAAGCACUGCCAGCAGGGCUGCUUCGACGCGGGCAACGGCUACGACGGGGACGACUGCUCGGGCGGGUGGUCCUCCCGGAACGGAUAUGCUGGCUUUGUCUGCAUCGUGGAGGAGGCUGUCGGCGGGAUGGUCGUGCUAGGUGCGGGGUCUUCUUGCUCGCCAUUCGAGCAGAGGAUCUACUUGUACAAUCCUGCCAUCUGGUUCGCAGACGCGUCGGUGGCCGUACCGACCACCCUGCCGUUCGAAGUAAGCAGCUGGCGGCCGUCGCUCAUCUUCCUGGGGGAGGACUCGCCAAGCUGCAACCUCGAUGGCAAGGGGUUCAUAUUGAAGGACGGGCUCUUCUACCGGCACCAGACCAGGCUUGCUCUCGAGGACAACACUUGCCAACUGCAGUCGGAGGAUGGCGCUGACGACUUUGGGUUCCUAGGGCACCUGUGCGGCUCUCCAGGCGAGGUCUCGAAUGCUGGGACUGGGGGGCACCAGUUCCCGAUCCGCGCUUCGGGGUGGUACCCGCCUGCGAACGCCGCGCCGCCCGAUUAUCUGUACGACAACAAGUACGGGACCCACAUGUUCAAGUGGCCGCCGUUGACCGUGUGGCUUGCCAGGGGCGCGGUCUGGCUGAACCAGGCGCUGCACAACGCCGACCAGCUGCGCCAGCGGAUGGCCUGGGCCCUCUCCCAGAUCUGCGUGAUCGGUUCCGUCCUCGGCGGCCACGACUACUUCACCGAGAUGUGGACCAACUACUACGACAUCUUCGUGCGCCACGCCUUCGGGAACUACAGGGACCUGCUGAGGGAGGUGACGUUCUCGCCGCUGAUGGGCGAGUACCUCACGUACGCCUGGAGCUUCUCCUUCGACGACAGCCUCACGUAUGCCGACGAGAACUACGCCCGGGAGGUCAUGCAGCUCUUCACCAUCGGGGUCGCGAAGGUCACCAGCGAUGGUCGAGUGGUCGUCAACGAGAAGGGAGAGGACGUGCCGACUUACACCAAUGAGAAUAUCAUGAACUUUGCCCGCGUCUUCACCGGGUUUGUCCGCUGGAACGACCGGCGCAUGAACAUCGAGCUUGCUACCGAGGAUGGGAUCGCCAAUUACAUCGACCCGAUGAGGAUCCGGGGCAGGACCCACGACGUCUACCCCAAGCCAGACCUCUACGGCGGCUACCUCGGGGACGGGUACCCCCUGUGCAGCAGCAUGCCGGACCGGCCCUUCCUGCUCGCUGGGGCUCGGGGCGUGCGCGCUUCCCCGGGGCAAGACCCCGGCCGAGGGGGCGUCUGCGCCGAGGUGUUCCAGCCGAGCAGCGGCUCGAGUCUGCUGAGUGCGCUGUGUGGCGGCGACGCGGGGGACUGCAAGUUCGCCCCCUCGCGCACGUUGCCGUCGACCUUGCCGUGCCACGGCUCCGAGUGCAUGCUGACGUCGCUCAACUUCAUCCAGGUCCCUGGCGGCUACUACGAGUUCGUGCCGCCACCGUGCGUGCACAUGUUCGUCUACAACGGGAGGUAUACGGAGGACGGGCAGUGGUGGGGCGCUUCGGUAUAUUAUUUCGGGCGUGAGUGCGUGCAGCCGUACGGGAAGCUCGCCGCCGCCUCCUGCUGCAGAGGUUGCACAAACGAUGAGAACUAUUUUAUGCAACUGAAGGGCUACACCUGCUUGGAUCAUAAUACGACUUGGCUCACCUAUCCAGACAAUCUCCCUGAGAUGACCACACACAGGUGCAAGUACGGGGAUGAGUACAACUGGCUGGGUCCCAAGGCUUGCCGGCUGUCUUGCUGGGAGGGAGGUGCUGGCUACGAGGGCGACGACUGCAGCGAGGGCGCCUACGCUGAGAACCGCGUCUGCGGCGAUCACUUCAGCGCCCACGACGCCGAGAGCCAUUGCACCAGCCUCGGUAUGCACCUGUGCGCGGAGGAGACCCUGCAGGAGUGCGGAUUGCCUGCAGAGCGCGUGUGGACACCCUUCCCGUGCUCACUCGAGCUCAAGGUCCACGAGGACGGCAUGAUCAGUGCGCACACGCACUACCACACCCAGAACAGGUUCAUGCCCAGCUGGGCAGCUGGCGGCCCUCCCCCUGCGGGCGACUACAACGUCACGGUGGAGGCCGAGCCGGUGUUCACCACCGUCCCGACCAAGGCGGAGGCGGUGGCCGACCUGAAGAUUCUCGUGUUCGAGGUGCCCAGCGGCGCCCAGUGCGCGACGCCGUGCAGCGGCGACGUGAGAGUUUGGGGCAUUGGGCCUCUGGACGCCGACACCGUCUUCGAGGUCGACGGCAAGCUCUACAAGAACGAGCGGAGCAUGGUCCGCGUGGGGAGCGCCUCCUUCCGCAACCCGCCAGCCUUCAUCGCCCCUGGGGCGCUCCGUCAGACUGGCCGGGCGCUGGAGCGUGCCGCGCACGCGGAGGUGGAGAGCCUCCUGGACCACCUGUUUUAUCAUUCCAACACGCCUGUGGUGGUCAGCCGCAAGCUGAUCCAGCGCUUCGUCACGUCAAACCCGUCGGGCGCGUACCUCGAGGCCGUGGCGACGGCUUUCUCCACAGGUGCCUACGACGGCCACGUUUAUUCUGGCAAGUACGGGGAUCUCGGGGCCACGGUUGCGGCUAUCCUGCUCCACCCAGAGGCCCGCUCAGGCGACCUCAACACCGUUGGGCUUCUGAGGGAGCCGAUGUUGAAGCUGGUGCACUUCAUGCGGUCCAUGGAGUACACGGACUACAAGGACCAGAUGGUCGUCACGAACAACCUGGACCUGGCGAUCGGGCAGUUCCCGUACAGGUCCCCGACCGUCUUUAAUUACUUCGACGCCAUGUACUCGCCACCGGCCUUCUCGGGGGUGACGGAGGGGAUGAUGCGGCGGGAGGCUUCGCGGCAGGAGCAGCUUCAGGCCACCAGCCCGACGCCGUCCCCGGAGCCAGAGCCUCAGCCCGAGCCGUUCGUCGGCCCCGAGUUCCAGAUCUUCACCCCGCCCUGGGCCAUCGGGUGGCUCAACGGCGUGGCGGGGAUCAUGGACCGCGGCGUCAGCAUCUGCAAGGACGGCUGGGGGGUGGUGUUUGCCGUGAACCAGUACACGGGGAGCUUCGGCUCCAACUACGGCAGCGAUGACGCGAUGGAGUGCCACGAGGGGGACCUGCUCUAUUCCCCCAACGCCUCCUCGGACGCUGAGGCCGUGGAGAAGCUGGAUCUGUUGCUCACUGGCGGCCGCCUCACGCCUCACAACAAGCAGGUGGUGCAGGACGCGUACGCGGGCGCUGGGCUCAAAGGGGCGCAGCAGGCAAUGCUGCUGACGCCAGAGUUCCAGACCCUCGGUGCGCCUCAGCCGAACGGCACCCGCCCAGCUCAGACGGAGGAUGAGAAACACACGCCAGACUCGUACAGGGCGGUGGUGAUGCUCUUCAUGCACGGCGGCGCCGACACCUACAACCUGAUCGUGCCGAUCGGCUGUUCCCUUUACACGGAGUACGCCAGCGCACGCGGGAACAUGGCGGUCGCCCAAGGGAGCCUCCUGCCCAUCACGACGGCUGGGCAGGCGUGCAGCUCGUUCGGCGUGCACCCGUCCAUGCCAUUCCUGCAGCAGCUCUACGAGUCGCGCAAGCAGGCAGCGUUCGUCAGCAAUGUCGGGGCCCUGGUGGAGCCCACCACCAAAGCGACGUGGAAGAACGGCGAGGCCGACCGGUGCCUGGGCAUCUUCUCCCACAAUCACCAGCAGAACGCCGCGCAGACGCUCAAGUGUCAGGAGGCGGGCGCGGUGCCGAGAGGCGUGGGCGGCCGCGUGGCGGACGUGCUGGCGGCCGUGCAGAAAAAGUCGGUCGCCUCUUUCUCGGUUUCUGGUAUUGCCACGUGGUCUGUGGGCUUCAACACCAGCACCGAGAUCAUCCACCCAGAGAAGGGCGCCAUCCGCUUCGACAAGUUCCAGGAAUGGAGCGGCGCCAUCGACUCGAUCACCCAGCAGAGCUACGGCAAUUUUUAUUGCGAGGAGUACGCGAAGUCGUUCGCCGACCACAUCAAGACCAGCGAGGAGUUGGGGGUUCUUUUUGACCAGGUGGGGCUCGAGACAGCGGACACCUACGAGACGGUGAGCGCACUGGCGCAGCAGCUCCGCCAGGUCGCCCUCCUCAUCAAGGGGCGUGGCCUGCGGAAGGUGGAGCGGGACUUCUUCUUUGUGCAGCUCAUGGGCUUUGACACGCACGGCAACCAGAACGACGGGCAGGUCGGCCUUGCACCGCUCUUCACCACGGUCGACGACGCGCUGAAGGACUUUGUGGGAGAGCUGGACGCGCAGGGCAUCUUCGACAGCGUUGUUGUGGUCUCCCAGUCGGAUUUCGGGCGCACCCUGACGUCGAACGGCGCUGGCACCGAUCACGGGUGGGGAGGGAACCACUUUGUUCUCGGCGGCGCCGUUCGUGGAGGACAGAUCCUGAAUGAGUUCCUGGACUCGUACCUGGAGACUGCCGACCACGACUACCACGUGGGGCGCGGGCGCACCAUCCCCAAGUUCCCGUGGGAGAGCAUGAUGGUGCCCAUCGCCGAGUGGAUGGGCCUCGCAAGCGGGCACGACAAGGCGUUCCCCAAUCUAUGCCCCUCGCUCCGCGGCGGCGCAUCCGGACACCGCAGGGCCCUCGACGCCAGGUUCCUGCUGCAGGCCAGCUUCGGGCCGACGAAGGAGUCCUUGGAUGAGCUGCAGGGGAAGAGCUACUCCGAGUGGAUCCUGGAACAGAUGCAGCUACCGGCUGGCUCCCACCGGGAGUACUACCGGAAGCGCGUCAGCCCACGGAAGAACAGCCUGACCGCGCACAUAAACUUUGACGAGAGGGACAUCUGCGCGAAGGGCUCUCGAUGGCACGGGUACGCGCUGACCAAAGACGACAUUGGGUCGAACAUCCUGAUCUACGGUGGGAACGUGAAGAUCGGCAACGUGGUGCGGACGGACAUCGAUCCAGGGUACACCAACAACGGCCUCAGUGCUCCGAUGACGGACUGCACGGACGUGCAGACGCCGCUGUGGGCUUACCAGAGCACUCCCUGCACCACCAACGGAGGCGUCCACCUCAACAACUGGUGCAAGUACGACCCCGAGUGGGUCGGCGGCAAGUACUGCCAGCAGAGCUGCUUCGACUCGGGCAACGGCUACGAUGGAGACGACUGCUCGGGCGGAUGGCCUUCCCGGGAAGGGUGGGGCGGCUACGUCUGCCACGUGGAGGAGCAGAUCGGCGGGAUCGUCGGGCUGGGCACGACGAGUUCCUGUGGGGCUGGGCAGAAGAUCUUCCUGUACAAUCCCCGCAUCUGGUUCGCGGACACGUCGGUGGCCGUGCCGACCACCCUGCCCUUUGACGAGGCCAGCUGGAGGCCGGGGCUCCUGUCCCUGAGGGAAGAUGCGCAGAACUGCAACCUCGGCAGUAAGGGGUUCAUACUGAAGGACGGGCUGUUCUACAGGCACCAGUACAGACUAGCGCUCGAGGACAACACUUGUCAGCUGCAGCCAGAGGACGGCGCCGUUGACUUCGGGAUCGAGGGGCACUUGUGCGGCUCCCCAGGCGAGGUCUCGAAUGCAGGGACUGGGGGGCACCAGUUUCCGAUCCGCGCCUCUGGGUGGUGGCCGCUUGCGAACGCCGCGCAGCCCGACUACCUCUUUGACAAUAAGUACGGCACCCACAUGGUCAAGUGGCCAGCGCUGACCGUCUGGCUCGCUAGGGGCGCAGUCUGGCUGAAUGUGGCGAUCAACGCCGCCGACCAGCUGCGGCAGCGGAUGGCCUGGGCGCUCUCCCAGAUCUUCGUGAUCGGGUCCGUCCUCGGCGGCCACGACUAUUUCACCGAGAUGUGGACCAACUACUACGACUUCUUCGUGCGCCACGCCUUCGGGAAUUACAGGGACCUUCUGAGGGAGGUUACGUUCUCGCCGCUGAUGGGCGAGUACCUCACGUACAUGACCAGCUUCUCCUUUGAUGACAGCCUCUCCUACGCUGACGAGAACUAUGCCCGCGAGGUCAUGCAGUUGUUCACCAUCGGCGUCGCCAAGGUCACCAAGGACGGAAGAGUGGUCGUCAACGAGAAGGGGGAGGACGUGCCGACCUACACCAACGAUAAUAUCAUGAAUUUCGCUCGCGUCUUCACGGGGUUUGUCCGAUGGAACGACAGGCGUAAGAACAUAGAAUUGGCAACGGAGGACGGGAUCGCCAACUACAUCGAUCCCAUGAGAAUCCGCGGCAGGACCCACGACAUCUAUCCCAAGCCGGACCUGUACGGUGGCUACCUUGGCGACGGAUAUCCCCUGUGCGGCACCAUGCCCGAGCGGCCCUUCCUGCUCGCGGGAGCCAAGUUCGAGUUCCGCGGCCACUCGGCGCCCAACUGCACGGAGCUCGACGUCUACUACGACCCGCGGGACGGGGCCGGAGCCCCGAGCACGCAGCCGGACGCGGCGGCCUGCCAGGCCCGCUGCAAGGGGGUGGCCAGCUGUGCGCACUUCACGUUCCAGGUCCACGACAAGAGGUGCACCCUCGCGGACGCAGGCGCUCGCGCACUGCCCGGCUACGAGCAGUACUCUGGCCCGCCAGACUGCGCCGCCCACGUCUUCGAGCCCGGCGCGGGCUCGGGCCUGCUGCGCGCAUUGUGCGGCGGCGACGAGGGCGACUGCAAGUUGGCUCCCUCGCGCACGCUGCCGUUGGCCUUGCCGUGCCACGGGUCCGAGUGCGCACUGGACUCGCUCUCCUACAUCAAGGUGCCCGGCGGCUACUACGAGUACGUGCCGCCACCGUGCGUGCACAUGUUCUUCUACAACGGACAGUACACGGAGGACGGCCAGUACUGGGGCAUUUCGCACUAUUAUUUUGGCCGCGAGUGCGUGCCGCCUGAGGGGAAGCUUGCUGCCGCGUCCUGCUGCAGGGGGUGUACGAACGAUCCGAAUACUUGGAUGACCAUGAAGGGCUACACCUGCGAGAAUCACAACACCACUUGGCUCACCUGGCCAGAUAAUCAGCCCGUGUUGACCACAGUCUACUGUGGGCACGCCACAGACGAUUAUUGGAAGGUUCCCCCUGUCUGCCAGCUGUCUUGCUGGGAGGGGGGCGCAGGCUACGACGGCGACGACUGCAGUGAGGGUGCCUGGGCUGAGAGCCGCGUCUGCGGCGUCCAAUACAGCGCCCACGACGCCGAGAGCCACUGUGCCAGCCUCGGUAUGCACGUGUGCCAGCAGGAGACCACGGAAGAGUGCGAGUUGCCAGCACAGCGCGUGUGGACGCCAUUCCCGUGCUCGAUCGAGCUGACGGUUCAUGAGGACGGCAUGAUCAGCGCGCACACGCAUUACCACUAUCAGAACAGAUUCAUGCCCAGCUGGGCGGCUGGUGGCCCCCCGCCGGCUGGCGACUACAACGUCACGGUGGAGGCUGAGAAGGUGUUCGCCACCGUCCCGACCAAAGCGGAGGCGGUGGCUGAUCUCAAGAUUCUCGUGUUCAAGGUGCCCAGCGGAGCCCAGUGCGCGCAGCCAUGCAGCGGCGAGGUGAGGAUUUGGGGCGCUGAUCCCCCAGAUGUCGACACAAUCUUUGAGAUCGACGGCAAGUUUUACAAGAACGAGCGGAGCAUGGCACGCGUGGGGAGCGCCUCCUUCCGCAACCCGCCAGCUUUUGUCGCCCCUGGAGCGCUUCGCCAGACAGGGCGGGCGCUGGAGCGUGCCGCGUACGCGGAGGUCGAGAGCCUGUUGGACCACCUGUUCUACCACAACAACACGCCUGUGGUCGUCAGCCGCAAGCUGAUCCAGCGCUUCGUGACCUCGAACCCGUCGGGCGAUUACCUCGAGGCCGUGGCGACGGCCUUCUCCACGGGCGCCUACGAGGGGCAAGUCUAUUCCGGCAGGUACGGCGACCUCGCGGCCACGGUCGCGGCCAUCCUGCUCCACCCCGAGGCCCGCUCUGCGGAGGUCGGCACCGUGGGGCUGCUGCGGGAGCCGAUGCUGAAGUUGGUGCACUUCAUGCGGUCCAUGGACUACACGGACUACAAGAACGAGAUGGUCGUCACGCAGAACUUGGACCUGGCGAUCGGGCAGUUCCCCUACAGGGCUCCGACGGUCUUCAACUACUUCGAUGCCAUGUACGCGCCGCCCGCCUUCUCGGGGAUAGAGCAGCAGAUGAUGCGGCGGGAGGCCAAGAGCCAGGAGGACAUGGAGCCGGAGCCGCAGCCAGAGCCCUUCGUCGGCCCCGAGUUCCAGAUCUUCACCCCGCCCUGGGCCAUCGGGUGGCUGAACGGUGUGGCCAACAUCAUGGACCAGGGCAUCAGCAUCUGCAAUGAGGGCUGGGGCACGGUGUUCGCUCUCGACCAGUACACGGGAAGCUACGGCGCCAACUACGGCAGUGACGACACGAUGCUGUGCCACAACGGGGACCUGCUCUAUGCCGCCAACGGCUCCUCGGCCGAGGAGGCCGUGGGUGAGCUGGAUCUGCUGCUCACCGGCGGCCGCCUCACGCCCCACAACAAACAGGUGGUGGAGGCCGCGUACGCGAGCGCGGGGCUCAAGGGGGCGCAGCAGGCGAUCUUGCUGACGCCCGAGUUCCAGACCCUCGGGUCGCCGCAGCCGAACGGCACCCGGGAGGACCAGGCGGAGGAGGAGACUCACACGCCGGACUCGUACAAGGCCAUCGUGAUGCUGUUCAUGCACGGCGGCGCGGACACCUACAACCUGAUCGUGCCGAUCGGGUGCCCCCUGUUCGAGGAGUAUUCGAGCGCACGUGGGAACAUGGGGGUCGCCCAGACGAGCCUCCUGCCCAUCACGACGGCCGGGCAGGCGUGCAGCACAUUCGGCGUUCACCCCUCCAUGCCCUUCCUGCGGCAGCUCUACGAGUCGCGCAAGCAGGCCGCGUUUGUCAGCAACAUCGGGGCCCUGGUGGAGCCCACCACCAAGGAGACGUGGAAGAACGGCGAGGCCGAUCGGUGCCUGGGCAUCUUCUCCCACAACCACCAGCAGAACGCCGCGCAGACGCUAAAGUGUCAGGAGGCGGGCGCGGUGCCGAGGGGCGUGGGCGGCCGCGUGGCAGACGUGCUGGCGGCCAUGCACAACAAGGCGGUCUCGUCGUUUUCUGUGUCAGGCAUUUCCACUUGGUCGGUUGGCUUCAACACCAGCACCGAUAUCAUCCAUCCAGAAAAGGGCGCCAUCCGCUUCGAGAAGUUCCAGGAGUUCAGCAGCACCAUCAACUCGAUCACCCGGCAGAAGUACGGCAACUUCUAUUGCGAGGAGUACACGGCAGCGUUUGCCGAACACAUCAGGAGCAGCGAGGAGCUGGGGGUUCUUUUCGAUCAGGUGUCGCUCGAGACGGCGGAAACCUACGAGACGGAGAGCUUCCUGGCGCAGCAGUUCCGCCAGGUAGCCCUCCUCAUCAAGGGACGGGGGCUGCGGAAGGCGGAGCGGGACUUCUUCUUCGUGCAGCUCAUGGGCUUCGACACGCACGGCAACCAGCAUGAUGCCCAAACCGGGCUUGUUCCGCUCUUCGCCACAGUCGACGACGCGCUGAAGGACUUCGUGGGAGAGAUGGAUGCGCAGGGCAUCUUUAACAGCGUUGUUGUGGUUUCCCAGUCGGAUUUCGGGCGCACCCUGACGUCGAACGGAGCUGGCACCGACCACGGGUGGGGAGGUAACCACUUUGUUCUCGGGGGCGCCGUUCGCGGCGGACAGAUUCUGAACGAGUUCCUGGAUUCGUACCUGGAGACUCCCGACCACCAGUACCACGUGGGGCGUGGGCGCACCAUCCCCAAGUACCCGUGGGAGAGCAUGAUGGUACCCAUCGCGGAGUGGAUGGGGCUCGAAUACGGUCACGACAAGGCGUUCCCAAAUCUACAUAGGUUCAACCUCUCCCAUCACAUCAUCCCCACCGAGACGCUCUUCGACACCGGUGCCACGCCCGCGCCGGGCGAGGCGGACGACGCCAGGUUUCUGCUGCACGCCACCUUCGGGCCGACGAAGGAGACUCUGCAGGAGCUGAGUGGGAAAAGCUAUCCUGAUUGGGUCCAGGAGCAGAUGCAGCUGCCAGCUAGCUCCCACCGGGAGUACUACCGCAAGCGCGUCAGCCCACGGAAGAACAGCGACACCGCACACAUCAAUUUGGCGGAGAGGCCCAUUUGCACGAAAGGCUCCCGCUGGCACGGGUACGCGCUGACAAGAGACGACAUAGGGUCGAGCAUCUUCAUUAGCGGUGGGAAGGUCUUGAUCGGCAACGUGGCGCGGACGGACAUCGAUGCGGGUUACGCCAACAACGGCCUCAGCGCGCCGAUGACGUGCACGGAUGUCCCUACGCCGCAGAUGGUCUCUGAGAACGAGGCCUGCAGCGCCCACGGGGCGUGCAAGUACGACAACGACUGGGUCGCGAGCAAGUAUUGCCAGCAGAGCUGCUUCGACGCAGGCAACGGCUACGACGGGGACGACUGCUCGGGCGGAUGGCCCUCCCGGAAUGGUUGGGGUGGCUUCGUCUGCCUCGUGCAGGAGGAGGUCGGCGGGAUGGUCGUGCUGGGCACGCAGUCGGAUUGCUCGCCGUGGGGUGUGAGGAUCUAUCUGUACAAUCCCGCCAUCUGGUUCGCGGACGCGUCGGUGGCCGUGCCGACCACCCUGCCGUUUGACCAGGCCAGCUGGAGGCAGGGGCUCAUCUUCUUGAGGGAGGACGCGCAGAACUGCAACCUCGACAGCAAGGGGUUCAUACUGCAGGGCGGGCAUUUCUACCGGCACGAGACCAGGCUGGCCCUCGAGGACCACACCUGCCAGCUGCAGCCGGAGGACGGCGCGCUCGACUUCGGCAUCGACGGGCACCUGUGCGGCUCACCGGGCGAGGUCUCGAACGCUGGGACAGGGGGGCACCAGUUCCCGAUCCGCGCCUCUGGGUGGCUCGCGCCCCCAGUCGGCUCGCCGCCCGACUACGUGUAUGACAACAGGUAUGGCACCCAUAUGUUUAAGUGGCCGCCGCUGACCACGGGCCUCGCCCGGGGUGCGGUCUGGCUGAAUUUGGCCUUGCACGCAACCGACCAGCUGCGCCAACGGGUGGCCUGGGCCCUCUCCCAGAUCUUCGUCAUCGGUUCCUCCCUGGGCGGCCACGACUACUUCACCGAGAUGUGGACCAACUACUACGACAUAUUCGUGCGCCACGCCUUCGGGAAUUACCGGGACGUGCUGAGGGAAGUGACGUUCGCGCCGCUGAUGGGCGAGUACCUCACGUACGCGGGCAGCUUCGCUUUCGACGACAGCCUCUCCUACGCCGACGAGAACUAUGCCCGCGAG